GGGACCAGGGGCUGUCUUGGUGGGUAUCACACCACAGAGCUCCUGCCUUGCACACAGCAGCUUCUGCAGAGAAACUACAAAGAAGAGAUGCAGAGAAGAGCUGAGCUGCAGAACUCAGCUACAUGUCAGCAAUGUGUGGACUCAGACAUAAGAGGCAGAUGGACAGAUGCUGUACAACAUUCCCAGUUCUUCUUUAUACUUUACAUUGAAUAAAACAAAAUACAGCGAAAUACAAUCUCUCCUAAGGAAUACAACAUGUUGUCCAUGCCCAUGGCCCCAGUCCUGUCCUUGUUUUCUGCAGAUCUGCAUGUGAAGUGGGUGGGAAACAUCAGUCUGAGCUGUUUCACCGAAUGUCUAGAAGGAGCACUGUCAGUCUGAAUCUCAGCUGAAGAUACUGCAGCAAAAUCCAUGAGGCACCAUUAAAAACAACACUAUCACAAUAAACGAGCCCAAGUUCUGCAUCACAAAUGAAGUGUUGCAGAAAUCUUUUCUCACUCUGUUUCACCUCAGAGGCUGAACGCAGACUCUUCACAGAAGAGGGUCCAGAUGACAUCACAUCCUCUCCUAUAAGUUAUGCUGCCUCCAAAGUUCAGUGACAAAGAUCACUCGCGCUCCGCUGCACCGCCCCGAGGACAAUGUCCGGGUCUCCUGCACUGCUCCUCCUGCUCAGCCUGGGGCUCUGGGAUGACAUUCUAUGGGAUUAAAGGAACAUCUUCACAGUUUGAUACAUGGUGGAGAGGCAACACCAAUCUGCUGGUGGUAAAGAACUUCACAACCCAGGAUGAUGGGACCUAUUUCUGCAUCAGCUACACCAACCAGGUGCUGCACUUCAGCUCUGGACAACCCACUUUCUUCCCAGUCGCAACUAAAGCAGCACCCACCACACCUGCAACCACCACCCAGAGCAGCCAGGCCACCAAGAAGGACAAUUCACAACAGAGUCCAGAUGCAGGAACAAACAGCAAGAAUACACUGCAUUUCUGCUAUGAUGUGGUCAUGCGGGUUAACCUGGCUGGUGCCUGCCUCCUGCUCCUCACUGCCAUAACCAUCACCAUCACGCACUGCCAAAGUUGGAUCAAUAUUUCUCAAUCUAUUCUGCACUCUCAGACAAUAACUGAAAACGUAGAAACUUCAUUCCAUCAGACUGUAUUGCCUCCAGCAUCCCGAAAUCCAUAAAUCAGGGAUGGAAGAAGCAGAACCCAAAGCACUGUGUAAUAACAGGAGAAACAUGCUUUAGUACGGGUCUUGCAAGUGUCCAAAUGCCAACACUCGAAGCAGCAGCUUGAGCUACAGCCAAACUACCUCCCACCUCCUGUUGAAACAAAGUUUGCGAUUGGAGAGGAAAUUCUGAAACUUUCACUCAGCUUUCAGUUUUGCCUUACCAAAGAGAUCACAUCUUAGAAAUGCGCAAAGGAGAUGGAUGAUCAAACCCAACCACGUCUCACACUCCACCGUCACUUGCAGGACCAAGCUCACCGUAAGCAAUCAGCGCUGCAUCGCUGCUCAGCAGAAGGCACACAGGCAUCCUCCUCAAGCACCGCACUGAUCCCAUCAGCAACACACACAGCCACCCUAAUGGAGCGUGGGCAUCUGGCUGAUCCUUCUCUGCCCAUUCAUCAAUCACACCCAAAACUCUGCUCUCAGACCCCAACCCACAUCUCACUUCUGAAGUCUUCCCGAUUAAACACUUCUAAUUCUUAA